AGCAGAGGAGGACGCAGUCUGUUCUGGUGCUCCGUGAGCGACGUCAUGCUGCUGAGAGCCAGCAGCAGUCCUCUGGUGCUCACCGUCACCUGCAUGUGCUUCUCCGGAGCUCUGCUCUGGUCCUACCAGGAGGAGGACGCCACUGAUGGUGAGAAGUGCUCUGACAAUAACAUUUCCACCACAAAAUACCCAUGUGUGAAGGCGACCGGGGAAGUCACGACGUGUUACAGGAAAAAAUGUUGCAAGGGCUUCAAGUUUGUGUUGGGCCAGUGCAUUCCUGAAGACUAUGAUGUGUGUGCUGGCGCCCCCUGUGAGCAGCAGUGUACUGACCAUUUUGGUCGGGUUGUGUGCACCUGUUACCAUGGCUACCGAUACGACCGUGAGCGCCACAGAAAUCGAGAGAAGCCCUACUGUCUGGACAUUGAUGAAUGUGCAGACAAAAACAUGAGUGGAUGCUCUCACAUCUGCAUCAACUCUGUGGGGAGCUACAGGUGUGAAUGUGAAAAAGGCUUUUACCUGGAAGAAGAUGGGAAAAUGUGCAACAAGGGGGAGAAAGCAGUUCAUCUCUUUGAGGAGUGUGAUAACGUAAUGAAUGCUGGAGGCUGCUCGGCCACAUGUGAAGAUUUUCUCCUGAUAAAGAUGUCAGUUCUCCAGCUUAAACAGAAGGUGGCCUUGCUGUCAAAUAGUGCUGACAUCCCCAUGCAGAAGACAGAAGAAAGAAUCCUGACGUCACCUAUAUAUUUACCAGGGCCUCCAGGUUCUCCUGGCCUUCCAGGAGAUCCAGGACAAGAGGGCCACCAAGGUCUUUUGGGCCCCCCUGGUCCCCCUGGUCCCAGGGGCUUGAUGGGACCCAUUGGACCUACACCAGACCUGUACCACAUCAAACGUGGACCUCGAGGACCAGUGGGGCCUCCUGGAGCAGCAGGAAAGGAUGGCCUGAAGGGGGACAGAGGAGCUCCUGGGCCUGCUGGACCACCAGGCCCCCCAGGCUCCUUUGACUUCCUGCUUCUUGUGAUGGCAGACAUCCGCAAUGACAUCGCUGAACUUCAGAGCAAGGUGUACGGUCGGGCGAUUAACUCUCUGGAGGAGGACUUUCCUUUAGCCCCCGACAGCUGGAGAGAGAGCCAGGACAACGUGGACACAGGGUCUGGGGAGGACUAUAAGGAACUCCCACCUCAAACAGGCCGAAGCUCCAGGAGGAACAGGAAGAGGAAACCAGCACGAGAGAGAACAGACUGAAUAGACUGCAGGGUCUUAACUGUUUAAAAUAUUCCACAUUAGGUGUAAAUAUGAUGAGGCUUGUUGUUUAUUUAACUGAAUUUUAAAAGAAAGUAAUGUAUGCCUUUUUUAUCACAGAUGUUUAUUUUUGUAUAAUAUUUCUUGUAUUUUUUUAAGCAAAUGUGAGUAGACUGUGCCAGUGCAUGUUUUUUCUACUGUGUAUUUUCAGAAAUUUAUUUUUUCUCUCCUCAGCACAUUAAAGACGUUUCUAAUA